AUGUAUAUGCACGCCGCAAAUUUUAUCGAAAAUUACUUGCACAUUAAUUGUUUUUAAUAUAAGUUAGUGUUGUAGUCCAGGCGAAAUGGAGACGCUUCUGGAGCAACAGCGCCGCUACCAUGAAGAAAGGGAGCGUCUUGUAAAACUGAUGGUCGACGAGCAUGCCACAAAAAAGCCCGGAGAAAAGGAACGCAUUCACUCGGAGCACCGGCUGAAGUAUUUGAUGGAACUGCACCACAACGCGACGCUCCAGCUCCGUGAAUUAUACGAAGACAAAGACAACGAGCGCAAAGCUGAGAUUGCUGCGUUAUCCGGGCCAAACGAGUUCAAUGAAUUCUAUGCACGCCUUAAGCAAAUCAAGCAAUUCUACAAAACCCAUCCAGGCGAGGUGAGCGUGCCGUUAUCGGUGGAGUUCGAGGAAAUGAUUAAGGUCUAUAGCAAUCCUGAUGACAUGGGCGCACUGGUGGAAUUCACUGAUGAGGAGGGUGGUGGUCGUUACUUGGAUUUGAACGAGUGCUAUGAGUUGUAUUUGAACUUGCGAGGAGUUGAGAAGUUGGACUACAUAACAUACCUCAUGUCCUUCGACCAUGUCUUUGAUAUACCACGAGACCGCAAGAAUCGGGAAUAUCGCAAGUAUAUUGAGACAUUGAAUGAGUAUCUGCAUAACUUUAUAAUGCGCAUUCAGCCGUUGUUGGAUCUGGAGGGUGAGCUGGUAAAAGUGGAGCUCGAAUUCCAGCGUCAGUGGCUGCAGGGUGCAUUCCCUGGCUGGGCUUUGAAGGAGACGGAAUCAGCAUUGGCCAACACAGGCGCACAUUUGGAUUUGUCUGCGUUCUCCAGUUGGGAGGAGUUGGCCUCGCUAGGAUUGGAUCGUCUGAAGAGUGCUUUGGUCGCCCUGGGGUUGAAAUGUGGUGGCACUUUGGAAGAGCGUGCCCAACGCUUGUUUUCUACCAAGGGUAAGAGCACAUUGGAUCCUGCACUAAUGGCCAAAAAACCAAGUGCUAAAAGCGCCAAUGCCCAAACACGAGAAAAUGAGCGUAACAAAGAGAUUGCACAGUUGGAAGCACUUCUCUAUAAAUAUGCUGAGUUAUUGUCAGAGCAGCGUGCAGCAACUAAAGAGAACGUUCAAAGAAAACAGGCUCGCACAGGUGGCGAACGCGAUGACAGCGAUGUUGAGGCGAGUGAGUCGGAUAAUGAUGAUGAUCCUGAUGCUGAUGACGUUCCAUACAAUCCGAAGAAUUUGCCACUCGGCUGGGAUGGCAAACCUAUUCCCUAUUGGCUGUACAAGCUGCAUGGUCUCAACAUUAGCUACAAUUGUGAGAUUUGCGGUAAUUUCACCUACAAGGGACCCAAGACGUUUCAACGCCAUUUCGCCGAGUGGCGUCAUGCGCACGGCAUGCGCUGCUUGGGCAUACCGAACACUGCGCAUUUUGCAAAUGUAACGCAAAUCGAGGACGCCAUCACGUUGUGGGAAAAACUGAAGUCUCAAAAGCAGAGCGAGCGCUGGAUUGCUGAUCAGGAGGAAGAGUUCGAAGACUCAUUAGGCAAUGUGGUUAAUCGCAAAACAUUCGAGGAUCUAAAACGGCAGGGAUUACUCUAGAAAGAAUAAUAUAUAUUUAUAUGUAUGUAGUUGCUGGUAUAAUCAUUUAUAUUGCUUAACGUAAGACUUAAGAACAACCUCAAGUAAAGAUAUGCGCUUGCAUCUUCAAACCCACUUUA